CUAACCAUAGAGUCGAGUUACAACUUGCAAGUGGGUUAUGGAAUUUGAGGUCCAUGUCUCACCAUUUUCACUCUCUGGAUAAUCCAGAGAACAAUCCAGUGAACAAAUGGAAUUUCCAUUGGAUCAAAAUUCUCUGACUUGGCUUCAAUCCACUCUCCAAUUACCUCUAUCACUCACACAAGACCCUUGAAGCCUCGUCAGAAGAAACUUCUAAGCUUCCAAAACUAACAGUCAUCGAUGGCAGCAACAAUGGCAAUCCUGCACGCAAAGUGUUCGACGAUUUGCUCUUCCAACAACAGCUCCAACAACAGCAACCCCACCAAGCCAUUCUCAAAACCCACUUCCAUUCUAUCCCUUCAAAACCUCCCAAAAGGCCUAGCCAUCUCAAAAUCAACUGAUCUGCUCCCAUCAUCUUCUUCCCUUGCUGGAGUAAUCUUUUCCGGCUUGAGCUCAUGUGAUGCGGCCUUUGCAGCCCAACAAAUCUCCGAGAUUGCUGAAGCAGACAACCGUGGGAUUUCUCUGUUGCUCCCAAUAAUUCCUGCGAUUGCUUGGGUUCUGUUCAAUAUUCUUCAACCAGCACUGAAUCAGAUCAACCGCAUGAGAAGCACGAACGAGUUUAUAAUUGGGCUUGGGCUUUGUGGUUUGGCUGGUUUGACACCAGAUGCAUCUGCUAGUGAAAUUGCUAUGAUUGCCGAUGGUGCCACCAAUGACAACAGAGGUCAGCUACUGCUUUUGGUUGUUGCUCCUGCUAUUCUGUGGGUUUUGUACAACAUUCUACAGCCUGCUUUGAACCAGAUCAACAGGAUGAGGUCUAAGUGACUUGAAAACAAAAACCCUUCUUAUGACAAUGAACAAAUGAAGCCUCUUCUGCUCUUUUUUGGUCUAUUGUGAUAUUUAUGUAUUUCAAUGCAAUAGGCUAAUUUCACCAGGCAGCUUUGUUGUUUGUUUGAAUUAGCAUUUUGUAUGUAGUCUGAAGUUCUAUAAAAAAAGAUGUCUGACGAUUGAGACAAA